CUGAGCUGCAGGGGUUAAUUCUUCUACAGGAGCUCUCCGCCCUGUUAUCAGAAGAGACUUUUCCACUUUCGGUUCCUGCUCCUCCGUACCACAAUGGCGUCUGCUGACCUGAGGGCCGAGCUGGACUGCUCCAUCUGCCUGAGCCUCUAUACAGAUCCUGUAUCCCUGAGAUGUGGACACUACUUCUGCCGCUUCUGUAUUGUGAGUGCGCUGGAUGCACAGGAGGCAGCUAGAGUGUAUUCCUGUCCUGACUGCAGAGCAGAAUAUCCGGAGCGUCCAGCCCUGGAGAAGAACAGGAAGCUGGGGAACAUAGUGGAGCGUUUCUUAUCUGCUCAGCCUGACAUGGAGGAGACCGGGAUCUUCUGUACUUACUGUACUAAGUCUCCUGUACCGGCUGUGAGGACAUGUCUGCACUGUGAGACCUCCAUGUGCCAUGAACAUCUCGGAGCCCAUAACAAGUCAGUGGAUCACACUCUGAUUGAACCUACUGUGUCGAUUCUGCACAGAAAAUGCUCCACACACAAGGAGGUGCUGAAAUACUAUUGUCUGAUGGACGCCGCCUGUAUCUGUGUGUCCUGCUGGGUGGCCGGAGACCACAAGGGACAUGACGUGGAGCUACUGAACGUGGCCUCUGAGAAGGAGAAAGAGAAGCUGAGGAAAUAUCUGGAGGAACUAAACCCACAAAAAGCUGAAAUUCAAACGAAACUUCAGAAUCUGCAGGAUCGUCAGAGGAAUAUCCAGGAGAAGGCCUCUGAUAAGAGGAAGAAGGUCAGGAAGUUAUUUAUGGACAUUAAGGAACAACUGGAAAUGGCAGAAAAGAAAGCGCUGAGCGAGAUCUCCAGGCAGGAGGAGAAGAUUGUGUCCCAGAUAUCUGAUCUGAUCAAGAAGCUGGAAAUAGAGGAGGACGAGCUGUCCAGGAAGAUGCGUCACGUGGAGGAGAUGUGUCAUGUCACCGACCCAAUAAGACUCCUACAAGAAAGUGACAUUACAGUAUGUGGUCAUGGAGAUGAUGAGGACACAGGGGGAGAUGGUGGAGAGGGCAGGUCUGAGGAUGAUCUGGAUGAGGUUCUGAUCUCACUGACCUUACUCCGAUCUAUGAGGGAUAUUGUCACCAAUGUCACAUCAGAGCUCGGGCUCCAUGUUCCAGACAUAUUGCUGGAUGAGGACACUGCUCAUAGACAUGUGAAGAUAUCAGAAGAUCUGAAAACAGCAACAAGAACAGAAGAAGAACAGAACAGACCAGAAUCACCGGGAAGGUUCCUGGAUUAUGCCCAGGUGUUAAGCAGAUGUGGCCUCUCCUCAGGAAGACAUUACUGGGAGGUAGAGUGGGACCAGAAAGGAAUAUGUGUCAUCGGACUGUCCUAUCCCAGUAUAGAAAGGGAAGGAGAUGAGUCUUGUAUUGGAGAUAAUGAUAAAUCUUGGUGUCUGGUUAUGUCUGGUGCAGGAUGUGGAGUGUGUCACCGCUCAGUCACAUCCCCCCUCAGUGUAGAUACAACAUGUCCUAGACUUGGGGUCUUCUUAGACUAUGAGGCCGGGCGUCUGUCCUUCUAUCAGCUGUGUGACCCCAUCAGACACUUACACACCUUCACCGCCUCCUUCUCUCAACCCCUACAUGUUGUCUUCUUUGUGCGGAAUGGAGCCUCUGUUAGAAUAAUAAGCUGAGGCCGAUACGUCCACGUCCCGUUAUAAUCUCCGCCUAUAAGUCACUAUAUAGCGCUGUAUGGGCGGAGCCUCCGAUCACACAAUGUAUAUGGCGGCUCUAUGGGGGGGGGGUUACUGUACGAUUAUUUUAUAUUCCUCGGAGAUCAGAUCCAGAAUCGAUGCUUGAGACAAAUGAGAAGUUACGUCGUCUGCACACGAGUUCGGGUGAACGCACAUCAGAUCCGCAGCGUAUCCGCACCAAUACCUGCAAUGUGUGAUUACGGUUUUUGGUGCAGAUAAGAUGCGGUUUUCCACUGAAAAGGGUGAAAUCCGCAGCUAAAACCACAAACAUAACUGACAGGCCGCAGAUCUGGGAAUCCGCACGGAAAUAAUCGCAGCGUGCGCAGAUGGCCUUCGGGUACAAGAGCACGGUGCGUAUUACCUGCUGGUUUUCCAGAGUGAAAUAAUACCGCCUAAGCAGAUGGGAUUCUCAGUAUCUCAUCUACACGGAGCGGAGGUUUCCUGCGUCAGGAGUGACCUGCGGAGCGGAUCCGGAGAUCUGCGGCCGGUGGAUUGUCCGUGCGGAUUUCUCCCUUUACAAUGCAGAGGGGGAGAUCUGGGGAAAUCCGUGUCAGGAUCUGCAGGUAACAGGUGUGGAUCCUGGAGCGGAGAUACACCGCCGAGUGCACGUACCUCGUGGGGGGCAUCAUUAACCCUUCCCCGUCCUCCACUGAGGUCGCUGUAGGGGCUUCUUUAUGUUUCUGGGACACAUUUGGGGAACAUAUAAUUAUUAAUCAGCUUUUCCUAUUUCUGUAGAGAUGUGACAAUGUGGCGCUUCUUUCCGCACUAUACGCGGCAUUUGUUGUGUUUUUUCCCUUUUUAUGGAAUAAAUGUCUGACUACUUCUGUCCAUCAGAGUUGUCGGUCCUAUCA